GGCUUUUUGCCAGGCUGUUUAUUAAUAAUAUUUUGGUGUAAACAAUUCCGCAAAAGCCAUUUAUGUUUGUGAUUAAAACAUUAUAAAUGAAGAUGAACGCUACCAGUUUGUAUGUGUCAACUUGUCGGUUAAUAAUUCUAGCAGACGCGUCUGAUAAAAGUUCGUGGAUAGAUUUGUUUCGUUUAGUCCCGUAUUUAAGACAAUCUUUAUCGUGUACUGUGUGUGGUAACUUAUUAAAGGAGCCCUAUACACCAACGAGCUCCGGGUGCCAACAUCAUGUGUGUAAAAAUUGCAAAGGUGGCAGGAAAAAACUGAAACCGUCUUGCGGUUGGUGUAAAGACUAUGAGAACUAUACAGAAAACUUACAGUUACGCAUUCUCCUCCAGUGUUACAAGAAACUGUGUGAAUAUUUUAUGGGCACCGAUACAUACAAGACUUUAUUAGAAGAAGACGAAAUUGCGGCUACUGUUAAUGGUGGAACUGUAGCCAGUUCUGGGUUAAUAGACUUAAUACAAGAGGGAGCUGGAUUUUUCGACGAUUAUAAAAGCACAGCAGGUCUCUCAAAGUCUGCAUAUAGUAUAUUACCUUGUGUUUAUACCAAUUCAGCAUCAACACAAACCCAAGUAGCAUCAACAUCUAGUAAUUCUGAUUCGAGAUCUGGUAGUACAGAUUCUCCAAAUUCUAGAGCUAUUUCAAAUGGGUCCCCACUUUACUCUGUUAUGUAUGCAGGUUCUGGAAAUAAAAUCACUAUCAAAAGGAAAGCUGUUGAUGAAACAGACUCUCCACCUACUGAAACAAGCACAAAAGAAAGCAAAGUAAAGAAAAAAUCAAAUCAAUUAGGUUUUAAAAAACCUUCCAACCGUUCCCGAAGCUCAACUAGUAGUAAGAGAAAAGGUUGCCGGUGUGGGAAUGCAACAGCAACACCAGGUAAAUUAACAUGUUGCGGACAGAGAUGUCCCUGCUAUGUUGAAAGCAAGCCAUGUACAGAAUGCAAGUGUAAAGGAUGUAGAAAUCCUCACAGGCCUGAUGGAAUGAAGGUGAGACCGCAUAUACCUCAACUGGACACUCUCCAGCAAAAUGUGACCACAAACCCUGAUAGCUCACCAUCAUGCUCAGGCUCCAUGGACAGCCUGGAUACUGACACUCUCACCAUGGAAGCUAUGGAGGAAUCCCUAUCGUUCACAACAGAAUUAGAUUCAUCUAAUAUUAAAGUCUACACAAGUCAAUUACAAGAAAUCUCACCAUCACUGCCAGCUACAAUAAUGAUGGAUGAAGAAUUGCCUUGCUCACCUGAUGCUGAUGCUGACGCAGACGCUGAUGCUGAUGGUGAUGAUGAUGCCGAUGGUUAUGGUGAUGGUGAUGGUGACCUAGAUGGGGAUGCUGAUGAUCUGAGCUCACCUCACAACUACACACAGUGUUCUCCGCAGGAUUGCAAUGACAAUGACACAGUGUCGCCUCAGUCAGGCACACACGACGUUAACAGUGACAUUGAAGUGGAUGUAUGACAGCAACUUUCUAUUGCAGGUGACUAGGACCUUAGCUGCUCAGAAACUGUACAAAACUUUGGGAAACCCACUGAUAUGGAUUGUUUAAGUUUUGUUGUACUAGUCACACCUGCAAUUGUUAUCUCCUUGAACUGCUUCCCAUGUGAGUUUUAUGUGUACAUGAUAAUAUAUAAAUUUGUUAAUAAAUUAUUUUACUAUUUCUUUAAGUUUACAUGGUUUGAUGUAUAUAGUUACGCUUAAACUAGACAAUUUUGUCAUCCCUACAUUUGUAUACCCAGACAUUUUACUGAAAAACUAACUUAAUAUGAGUUGAAGUAUCUUAAGCAUAUUAAAGUUGGUUUGAUGUUAGUAAACCGUGAUCAGAAAAUACAAUAUUAGCAAUAUAGCUAAAAUGCACGACAAGCAUUUAUAAAUAUUGGAAGAAACAGGAGUUGCUUUUCAGGUUAAUUCCAUGAUUUACAAUGAUCACAAAGCUUAAUUUGUUAUAAUCCGCGAAAACCAGGCAAAUAUGCAUAGUGCAUUAAUAUACUUUUCAAUUUAUAUAUACAUAAAUCUUCCAAAUUGAACUCUAUACGCAUGUUUCGCUCCGACACUAAGCUUUCCUUAGCAUUGUACAUUGUGAAGUCAACGAUAGUCCGGUUUCAAAGCGAAACGUGCGUUGUAUGCAUUUUAGAAGAUUUUUUGAAUGUCCAACCGCAUCAGUAAAAUCUGCCAAAAUGCAUUCAACGAAAAAUUGAAAAAAAUAUAAAUUUUACCGGGCGGAUUUGCCUGGUACUCGGGGAUUUUAAUAAAUUAAGGAAACAUCUAUAAUUUGAUUUGAGGCAACAUUAAUACAUUAUCAACUUGAAGAUACAACAAUGUUGUUGUCUCGGCAUGCAUUAAGUGGCCUUUUUACUACUAGGGUGAGCUGGAGUCCAAAUUUGUACUUUACACUAUUCUAAAAUGAUUGCCAAUUUGUAGUAUUUUUAGGAAUUAAUAUAAAUGACAAUGGGCUAUCCACAAAUUACGUCAUACGAAUGUUUUGAUUUUUAAGUGUGCAGGCGAUAUUCUUGUCAGUACUUGAACUUAAAGUGCGGCUAGAGUAGUCAACAGGUCUCAUCUACUCGAGCUCUUGCCACAUAUUUAAAUAAAUUCCAAGAACAACACAUACAAAUUUAAUUUCUAUAUUUUAUAUAUUGGUAUAACUAUUAGAAUAUUUUACAAAACAACAAAUCAAAUGGACUGUUAGAGUUGAAUAUUAGAGUUUUAAUAGUGUUAUUUAAAUGUGUGACGUCACGAAGCUUAUGGCUGGUACCCCCGUUAUAAAAUGACGGCCGAGUAGCGCAGUGGGCAGCGACCCUGCUUUCUGAGUCGAAGUUCGUGGGUUCGAUU